AAGUGUAGUGGUUGGAACCCAACGCUUUGAGAGUGAGGGCAACGGUUCGAAACCCUUUUUCGCCAAAAUAGGCGUUUUUGGGAGUUCAUCGUUUUGGUGUUGUUGUGGUUGAACUGCGAAGCCAUGGAUCCAGAUCAGGUCUCUUCAAGAACACGGAAGCUCAAGUACCCUCCCAAACCUCCGCCGAAGCCCAAACUCCGAAAGCCCAAAGCCGAAGCCAACGAUAAACAAAAGGAAGAUAGCGCACAGGCUCGAUCUCUCUUGCGUCGAUGUGAGAGUCUUGCAAGACCGGAGCCUAAAGUGGAAAGAAAAUCGAGCGCGGAAGUUGCAUUUAGUCCUGCAGUUUCAUCUCCUUCCCUCAGGACAUAUGGCACAAGCAAUGGCUCACCAUCUAAACAUUUUUCUAAUGAGCAAACUCUUUUAAUACGUUCUUCGGCUGCUACUGAGGAGGAUCAAAAUGAUUUUCGUAUGAUAGAUGUUACUGAUGAUGCCACCAAUGCAUCAGCCACCAAUGCAUCAGCCACCAGAAACAAAGGAGAGUACAAGGAACUAUGGGACUAUGACCACUCUUACUAUCCUACUACUCUUCCACUGAGGAAGCCAAAUUCUGGAGAUCCAGAAAUUCUUGAUGAGGAAGAAUUUGGGGAAGCUGCUGCUAGUGUGGAGUAUGAUGAGAAUGCUGUUAAUUCUGCUGCAGAACUCGGGCUCUUGGAGAAGAGUGAGCAACAAACGAUGCUUUUCUUUAAGUUUCCUGCUGCUCUGCCUUUGGAGAAGCAGAAUAAUAAGGGCAAAGAGAAAAUUGGUACAUCAACAGUAACGGGAGAGCCCACAAAGUCUAAGGGAAUUGCUUUGGAAGAGUUGCCAAGGGGACAUAUGGGCAAAAUGCUGGUGUACAAGAGUGGAGCAAUCAAACUAAAACUAGGAGAAACUCUAUUCGAUGUUUCUUCAGGUACAAAUUGUGUAUUUGCUCAAGAUAUUGUGGCAAUGAACGCGGCACAGAAACAGUGUUGCAAUCUUAGCAAGAUUAAUAAAAGGGUUGUUGUGGUUCCUGAUCUUGAUUCAAUUGAUCUGUAAAACAUUCGAGGCAAAUAUGGCUAUGCGCCAAAUUCAGAGAUAGAUAGUAGAGUACCUUCGGCUUAUGUGAAUAUAUGUGACUAAAAAGGCAUUGUUGAUUAGCAAGUAUAAAUUGGAUACUAGACCUACCAAUUUGACAUUAACGAAAUAUCAAGCGGAAAAUCGAAGACAUUCUUUUCUGUUAUUGAUUGGUUAGAAUAUUUGAUUCUAUUUAUGACAAAA